AGCAUUUCGCGCCGGCAACUCGAUCUCGAGUGUUGCUUUUGAUUGAGAAGUGCAAAAAUUCAAAGGACUGGAAGAAACGGAAGCUAAAAUGCCCGAGAAGGGAUCAAAGCACCUCCAGUAUUUGGCCGUUUCCGCCGCGAAUUUGAACACAAUAGCAUGCGGCGCCGUGUUGGGCUGGACGAGUCCCGUUCUACCGAAACUGCAGGAGAACAAUCCAGUUUCGCCCGACAAUCCAUUGGGCAGGCCCAUAACGAAGGAGGAGGGCUCGUGGAUCGGCUCGCUGGCUCCGCUGGGAAUAAUGCUGGGCAGCCUCGUAUCCGCUUACCUCGCGGAACGGGCUGGAAGAAAGCGAGCUCUGCUGAUAAGCGCCGUACCAUUGAUUCUCGGAUGGAUUGUUUUGGGCACUGCCACGAGUAUCCAUCAGAUGUACGCAGGACGUUUGAUCUUGGGUUUUGGGUUAGCAAUAUGCUUCACCACCGUACCAAUGUACACUGGGGAAAUUGCAGAGGUGUCAAUCAGAGGAACACUGGGCUCCUUCAUGCAACUCUUCAUAACGAUCGGCUUCCUUUUAUCCUACUCUAUCGGGCCCUUCGCGUCUUACACCGUCUUUUGGCUUUUCUGCGUCAGUUUGUACGUGAUAUUCUUCCUGUGCUUCGCUUUCAUGCCCGAAUCUCCGUACUUUCUCGUUAGCCAGGGCCAACACUUCAUGGCUGCACAGGCCCUAGCCAGACUGCGAAGUCGAAGUCUCGACGACGUGAGUAAAGAAAUCGAGGAGAUUCAGGAGGAAAUCGUGAACGCGUCCAGCCACGAGACGUCCUGGAGGGAAGCUCUGAGGGACCGGAUAGACCGGAAAUCCGUCCUCAUAAUGGUCUGCAUGAUAUGCUUCGUCGAACUGAUGGGCAUAGACGUCGUGCUCUUCUACGCCGAGGACAUUUUCCGUAACGCCGGCGCGAGCAAUACCGCCGUUUCCGCAAUAAUCGUUGGUCUCGUGCAGAUGCUGGCCACACUGUUGACGUCCGUUGUGGUCGACAGGUCGGGCAGGAAGAUUCUUCUCCUCGUAUCAAGCGUUGGAGCCGGCGUCACUGUGGGUAUCCUCGGAGUGUACUUCUACCUGCAGAAGCUGGAGUACGACCUGAGCGAGGUGACCUGGAUACCCUUGGCCACCCUCGUGGUCUACAUCCUCGUGUACAGCCUGGGCUGGGGCCCGUUGCCUUGGGUGGUGAUGGGCGAGAUAUUCGCCCCAGGAGUCAAGUCCAAGGCCUCGGCCCUCUGCGUCCUCAGCAUCAACACCCUGAGCUUCCUGCUGACCAAGUUCUUCACCAACGUCGAGCAAACCUUCGGGGCUCACAUUUGCUUUGGGUUCUUCGCUUUUUGCUGCGCCCUCGAGAUCGUGUUCGUGAUGUCUGUCGUUCCCGAGACCAAGGGAAAGACUUUGGUCGAGAUACAGCGGAAACUGGGCAGGAGGAGCGAGGCGAGCCGACAAGGUUCGGAAUUUAGGAACGAGAUUUUCAUCGGCAGUCAGGAGAGCAGGUUUUGAGGGGCGUCCAGUGUAUACCUUGUACACCGAGAGCUGUGGUUUUUUUUUCUCUCUUCACGCAUUCGUUGUAAAUACCGCGGUUUGUUGGAGUUUUGGUAUGAAUACCAAUUACGCAGACGCUGUGGAGUUAAAAACUUUUUGUAAUUAGUGCACACGGUGACCUACGGAGAUGUGUGUUUGUGUUCUCUGGUGUGAGAGCGUCACGUAUGGUUUAUUCAAGAGUUAAUUUUGAGCGACGCAGUAUUUACAUUUAAUGGAGAAAAAGAAUCUGGAUAAUUUUAUCGGUAAAUCGAAUAAUGUAAAUAUUUAAUCAUUUUAUAAAAGAUUUUUAGCAGAUUCAGACAAGUUAUGUGCAUCCAGUCACUCAAUUCUUUAUUUCUGCUAAUACAGCGGCCAAAUGGGAGCAUUGUAAACUCAUAUCUUAGGUUUUGCUUCGCGUAUACUCUAAAAUAAGUUUUUAUCAAUCGUUGAUAACGAUUAUACACGAAUGUAAAUAUACAAUAUAUUUAUAUACUCUGACA